AUGGGUGUUGGCGGUCCCAUGAACCCAUUCAGGGGCUCCGGGGCCCCAAGGGGUGGCGGAGCCCCCUGGGACCUUCCCAGGGAUAAAGGAGCCAUCAAAGGUACUCCCAGUUAUAGAAGCGUCUCCAGGGACCUUCCCAGGGACCCUUUCAAGUCCGGUGGGGUUCCCAGGGAAUCUCCCAUUGGUCUGGCACUCCCAGGGGCCCUCCUAGGGGGAACGGCGCCAACAGGUGCCAAUGCAGGGGCGCCGACGCGUCAUUGGACAUUCUCAGGGGUCGCGGGGCCUCCGGGGACCCUUCCUAGGGGGGCGGCACCCCUAGCACCCUCCCAGGGGCGCCCGUGCCCCAAGGAGCCCUCUCUGUGGGCGGCACUACCCCCAGGGACUUUCCCAUGGGUGGUGGGGCUCCCAGAAACCCAUUCAGAAGCUCCGGGGACCCAAGGGACGGCGGAGCAAACAGGGACUUUCCCAGGGAUAACGGCGCCCCCAGAGACACUCCCAGUUAUAAAAGCGUCCCAGGGACCUUUCCAGGGACCGUUUCCAGUGCUGUGGGGCUCCCAGGGGUUCUCCCAUAGGUGCUUGCAGCCGAGCGAUCGUUCGAGGGGCCGCGACGUCACCAGGGACCCUCCCAAGGGCGGUUACGUCCCACGGGCUAUCGUAAUGGCGGCGGCGCCCCCAGGGGCCCUAUCAGUGGUGCCGUUCCCCAAGGGACUCUGCCCUAUGACAUGCUUGUUCGCUGUUUCAGAUAUAUUACAUACUUCCACUAGUCUGGCACUCCCAGGGGCCCUCCUAGGGGGAACGGCGCCAACAGGUGCCAAUGCAGGGGCGCCGACGCGUCAUUGGACAUUCUCAGGGGUCGCAGGGCCUCCAGGGACCCUUCCUAGGGGGGCGGCACCCGUAGCACCCUCCCAGGGGCGCCCGUGCCCCAAGGAGCCCUCUCUGUGGGCGGCACUACCCCUAGGGACUUUCCCAUGGGGGGUGGGGCUCCCAGAAACCCAUUCAGGAGCUCUGGGGACCCAAGGGACGGCGGAGCAACCAGGGACAUUCCCAGGGAUAACGGCGCCCCCAGAGACACUCCCAGUUAUAAAAGCGUCCCAGAGACCUUUCCAGGGACCCUUUCCAGUGCUGUGGGGCUCCCAGGGGAUCUCCCAUAGGUGCUUGCAGCCGAGCGAUCGUUCGAGAGGCCGCGACAUCACCAGGGACCCUCCCAAGGGCGAUUAUGUCCCACGGGCUAUCCGCAAAAACUACUGCACCAAGGAGCCCUACAGGUCGGGCACUCUCAGGGGACCUCCUGGGGGCAACGGCGCCAACAGGGGCCAAUGCAGGGGCGCCAACGCCUCACUAGACCUUCUCAGGGGUCGCGGCGCCUCCCGGGACCCUUCAGGAAAAUUGGCACCUAGCACCCUCCCAGGGGCGUCAGUCCUAAGGAGGCCUCUAUGGGCGGCGCUGCAGGGACUCUCCCAUGGGUGGUGGCGGUCCCAGGAACCCCAUUCAGGGGGCUCUGAUUUGAGAGUGGGUCGCAGCGCCUCCAGGGACCCUUCCACGGGAGGCGGCACUCCUAGCACCCUCCCAGGGGCGCCCGUGCCCCAAGGAGCCCUCUCUGGGGCGGCACUUCCCCCCAGGGACUUUCCCAUGGGUGGUGGGGCUCCCAGAAACCCAUUCAAGAGCUCUGGGGACCUAAGGGGCGGCGGAGGAACCAGGGACUUUCCCAGGGAUAACGGCGCCCCCGAGACACUCCCAGUUAUAAAAGCGUCCCAGGGACCUUUCCAGGGACCCUUUCCAGUGCUGUGGGGCUCCCAGAGGAUCUCCCAUAGGUGCUUGCAGCCGAGCGAUCGUUCGAGGGGCCGCGACGUCCCCAGGGACCCUCCCAAGGGCGGUUACGUCCCACGGGCUAUCAUAUCUUACGAGGAGCGACGACGUUCCCAGGAAUCCACCCAGGGACGGCGGCGACCCCAGCAACCUCCAAGGGGCGCUGGCGUUGCAAGGAGCCCUCUCUUGGGCCGGCGCUGCCCCAGGGACUCUGCCAUGGGCGGUGGCGGUCUCAGGAACCCAUUCAGGGGCUCCGGGGCCCCAAGGGGCAGUGGAGCCCCCAGGGACCUUCCCAAGGAUAAUGGUGCCCCCAGAGAGACCCCCAGUGAUAGAAACGUCCCCAGCGACCUUCCCGGGGACCCUUUCAAGUGCGGUGGGGCUCCCAGGGGAUCUCCCAUUGGUACUUAUGGCCUCACGGCCCCUUACAGGGGCGGCGACGUCCCCAGGGACCCUCCCAAGGGCGGUUACGUCCUAGGGGCCCUCGUAAAGGCGACGACGCCCCCAGGGUCCUCUCAGGGGUGUCGUUCCCCCAGGGACUCUGCCAAGGGUCCCCAAAGGCUCUAUGACAUGCCUGGGCCCUACAGGUCUGGCUCUCUCAGGGGACCUCCUAGGGGCAACAGCGCCAACAGGGGCCAAUGCAGGGGCACCGACGCCUCACUGGACCUUCUCAGGGGUCGCGGCAUCACCAGGGACCCUCCCAAGGGCAGUUACAUCCCAGGGGCCCUCGUAACGGCGGCGGCGACCCCAGGGGUCCUCUCAGGGAUGUCGUUCCCUCAGGGGCUCUGCCAAGGGUCCCCAAAGGCCCAAUGA